AUGCAGGAGCAAUGGGUUUCUGAUGAACAGUUUGAACUGGAAGAGGUGGGCUGCAUGCAGGAUGGGCAUGUAUUGGAGGAGGCAGAGGAGGAGUCAGAUGCUAAAUCAAAGGAGCAAGGCAAGAAGUCAGUGAAACAGGAGCAAGCAGGGUCUGUCCCUGUGAUAGUGGAUAUGAGAGGUAGGAACCGGGGUUCAGACACAGGCAGUUACUUGCCAAAGGUCACACAACAUUUGAACAGUGGGAUGAGACUGGAGAGCAGAGCCCAGGCCUGCUGUGCCCUCAGCCUGCCCCACCCAGCUGAGGAACCGCCAUCAUGGGACCUGAGGGGGCCCUGCCUUUCUGGGCUGGGUGACCUGGGAACCCAGCGCUCCAGCAUUGUCCUCACCAGGAACCCCAGUCAGCAGACAGACCUGGCCUGGCUGACCCAGAGAAAAGCCAGUUCCCAGAUGUCUCUGCAGGGUGGCGGGGCGGGAGGAGGAGGCUAUCUCCUGCGUACAAUCGGGAUUGCCAAGGUGCUGGGUCGCUCCUCCAGGCAACUGCUUCCCCUCCCCAGCCCCGGAGACAGGGUCGGAGGGCGAGAGCCAGGGGCCCGGCGGCUGGGGGCAGGCGAGCAGUCCCCAGUGCGCAACGGGCUGGUCGGACUGUCUGGCCUAGAGCAGGAGGUUUCCCUGCUGGCCGGAGGCCUGGAUCUUAUUUGGGAGUGCUGUACUGUGGACCCCCUCCCCGUCACCAUGCCGCGUCGCACCCAGGUGUGCCCGGCAAUAUGUGGUUAUUCAUACUUCCCUCUGCCGGAGUGCCCUGCAUUCCAAUCUACGUGGGACGAAUUCCAAGACCCACUUGGUUACAUCGCGAAAAUCAGGCCCAUCGUGGAAAAGUCAGGCAUUUGCAAGAUCCACCUGCCCGAGGACUGCCUGCCUCCCUUUGCAGUCGAAGUUGACAACUUUAAAUUUAUUCCUCGAAUCCAGAACCUGUCUUUUCUCCUGGCUCAGACCAGAGUGAAACUGAUAUACUUAGACAAAAUUGCAAAAUUCUGGGAAUUCCAAGGUUCUUUAUUAAAAAUUCCCAAUGUGUAGUGGAGGAUAUUGGACCUUUAUAGCCUUAGUAAAAUUGUGAUGGAGGAAGGGGGCUAUGAAGCCAUUUGCAAGAACUGUCAAUGGGCCCGAGUUGCCCAGCACCUCAACUAUCCACCAGGCAAAAACACUGGGUCCCUGCUAAGAUCUCAUUAUGAGCACAUCAUUUACCCCUAUGAAGUGUUUCAGUCUGGAGUGAACCUUUAGUGUAACACUCAUCCAUUUGACAGUGAAGGAAAAGACAAGGAAUAUAAACUACACAGCAGUCCCUUUAGACAGUCUUUACAGCCUUCCAAGUUCGGCUGCUAUAGUCGCCGGGGAAAAAAACGACAGCCUGAUGCAAUGCUGACAGAGGAGGGCAUUGAGAGAAAUCUAGAGUUGAAGAAGCUGCAGAUCUAUGGGGCAGGUCCCAAGAUAAUAGGGCUGGGCAUUGUGGCCAAGAACAAGUCUUCAAGGAAGAAAGGUAUAAACAAAGGGAUCAUAUACCCCCACAGUGUUAUGAUGGACAGUCAAAAUGGGCAUGGAAAAAUUAUGUCAACAUUAUCUGAGGAGGAAUUAAACCUAGAGCCUUGUACCAGGAAGAAUCACAGCAAUGCCGAUUUGUCUUUCUUUAUCCAAUACUCUGGCAAAUCUCUAACCUUACAGGAAUGUGAGACCAGUGGUUGGAACCUGAAUGUAAUGCCAGUGCUGGAUCAAUCUAUCCUCUGCCACAUCAAACCAGACAUGUCAAGCAUGAAGGUUCCCUGGCUAUAUGUGGGCAUGGUAUUCUCAGCAUUUUUUUGGCAUAUUGAGGAUCACUGCAGUUAUUCCAUUAACUACCUACACUGGGGUAAGCCAAAGACCUGCUAUGGGAUGCUGUCACUGGCAGCAGAACAUUUGGAGGAAGUGAUGAAGAAGCUGACACCUGAGCUCUUUGAUAGCCAACCUGACCUUCUACACCAGCUUGUUACCCUCAUGAAUCUCAAUGCUCUCAUGUUCAAUGGUGUUCCAGUUGUUCGCACAAACCAGAGUGCAGAAGAAUUUGUCAUCACUUUCCCUCAUAUUUAUCACAGCGGCUUUAACCAAGGAUACAACUUUGCAGAGGCUGUCACCUUUUGCACUGCUGACCGGCUGCUGGCUGGACACCAGUGUAUUGAACACUAUCGCCAGCUCCAGCACUCCAGCUUCUUCCUGAGGGAGCUUAUCUGCAAAAUGGCUGCUUUCCAGGAGAAGUUGGAUCUGAAUCUGGCUAUGACUGUGCACAAGGACAUGUUCAUAAUAGUGCAGUAGGAAUAACAUUUACGAAAAGCCCUGUUGGAGAAGGGCAUCACGGAGGCUGAAGAGAGAGAGGCUUUCGAGCUGCUCCCCAAUGAUGAGUGCCACUGCAUGAAGUGUAAGACAACAUGCUUCCUAUUGGCUCUAGCCUGCUACAACUACCCAGGUGGACUUGUCUGCCUUUGCCACAACAGUGACCUCUGCAAGUGCCCAAGUAGCCAACAGGACCUACGAUGUUUUUCUUACCCAUUUUUACCAGGUAUCACAAACCUGGAUGAGCUACCCAUCACACUGCAUAAACUAGAGGUUUAGGCUGAGUCCUUUGACUCUUGGGCCAACAGAGUAUGAGUGGCCUUAGAUGUGGAGGAUGGCCAGAAAUGCAGCUUUGAAGAGCUAAGGACACUGGAGUCUGAAGCCCAUAAGAAACAAUUUCCAAACAGUGAGCUGCUUCAGCAAUUGAAGAACUGUCUGAAUGAGGCAGAAGCUUGUGUCUCCCAAGUCCUGGGGUUGGUCAGUGGUCAAGAGGCUAGAUGUUCUUUGGAGAUAACUACUACAUCAUUGAGGGGAAAUAAGGGUAUUGAAUGCAUGAAGUAUGACCUCGGAAAUUCACUUAAUAUCUUGGAUCAAGUGGAGGCCUACCAAGCUGAGGCUAGGAAGGCUCUGGCCUCACGACCACCCAGUCUAGAUCUGCUGCAGACUCUGUUAGAGAGAGGGCAGCAGGUAGGUGUGGAGGUAUCUGAAGCUAAUCAACUCCAGAGAUGGGUGGAACAGGCACAAUGGCUAGAAGUGAAGCAAGCAGUGGCCCCUACAGCUCAAAAGGGCUCUCUAGUUAUUACGCAAAGGCUGUUGGUUAUUGGCACCAAGGUAGCCUCCAGCCCUCUGGACAAGGCCUGGCUUGAGCUUUGGGAGCUGCUGACCAUUGCAGAACGCUGGGAAGAAAAGGCCCAUUUCUGCCUGGAUUCCAGGCAGAAAUAUCCACCAGCGACAUUGAAAACCAUAAUUCGUGAGGCAGAAAAUAAUUCCUGUUCCAGGAAUUCUGCCUAAUAUUCCUGGAUAAUUCUGCCUAAUAUCCAGGCACUCAAAGAGGCUCUGACUAAGGCACAGGCAUGGAUAGCUGAUGUGGAUGAGAUCCAAAAUGCUGAUCACUAUCCAUGCUUGGAUGACCUGGAGGGCCUGGUGGCUGAGGGUCCAGACCUACCUGUGAGUCUGGAAGAGCUGAGGCAGCUAAUUUUACAGAUACUGAGAGGACACUCCUGGAAGGAAAAAGCCUCUAAGGUCUUCUUGAAGAAUUGUUCGUGUUACACACUGAUGGAGGUGCUCUUCCCAUGUGUAGGUGUGGGCUCAGAUAGCACCAGGUGCAGCUGGUGGAUUGACAAGGAGUUUGAAUCAUGACAGUCUGGCACAGAGCUGCUACAAUUGUCUGUACAGGCUUUCAGUGACUCAGGCUUUAUGACAGUGGCUUUCAAGGAGGAAGAACAGAAGGAAAAGGAAGGUAUCCUGAAGUUCUAUUGCACCAACUCCAUGAAGCCCUAUCCACUGGCAUCAUCAGUCACAGUCUCCUCUGCAACUUCCAUUUGUGUGUGGGGGCAGGUGCUGGCUUUGGUGGGAGCUCUACAGUGUGACAUGUGCCAGGACUGGUUUCAUGGGUGGUGUGUUUCCAUACCCAACCUAUUCAGCUCUCUAUAAUUCAGUUCUACCUCAUCCUCUCCACUGGCCUGGUGGGAGUGGAACACCAAAUUUCUGUGUCCAAUGUGUGUGUGCCCACGGCACCCACGCCUGGAGACUAUACCAGCACUGCUGGUAGCUCUGCAGAGACUGCCUGUGCAUCUGCCUGAGGGUGAGGCCCUACAGUGCUUCACAGAGAGAGCCAUUGGCUGGCAAGGGCAUGCCAGGCAGGCUGUGGCUUCUAAAAAUUUAAUGACUCUGUUGGGGCAGCUCUCCAAAGUUCACCAGCAGCUCCAGUCUGAUCCCAUGCCUGAGGACUCUACCUAUCCUUCAGUCCAUGCAUCUGAGUGUCUCAGAAAAGGCAGUGAGAAGGAUUUGCCUAAGGUAAAUUUGCAAGGGUUGUUGGAGAACAAAGACAAGAUGACCGGUCCUGAGAAGGGAGCCCUAGCACAGUUUGUAAUGAAAAUUAACCUGGGGCCACUGUCAUCAUUGUUACCACAAUUGACUGGCCCUGUAUUAGACCUUCCUGAAGAAACCCGGGCCACUCUAGAGGAACUCUAGAUGUUGGAGGGCGAUUUGCUUGAGGUGACUCUGGAUGAAAACUAUAGCAUCUGGCAGCUGUUGCAGGCUGGACGGUCUCCAGACCUGAAAUUGAUCCAUACACUUCUGGAGGUGGGAAAUCAUGAGCAUCAAGGAAGUUGGACAAGAGUCCAGGCAUUAGAGAAGUGAUGGCAGUGGAAAGUAAAUCUGGGUAGAGAGAGUAAGGAUCUUGUUCAAGAAAAUCUACAGCCAAAAAAGGCCCAGAGGUCAGAAAUUAAGCCUGAGCAGGGUCAAGAGGAGUAUGAGCCUCAGGAGGAAGCAGAUACUGCUACAGACCACAGUCACAUCUUGAAAUGGAACCAGAAUAAUUUAGGACAAAAGAAUUCUGGUCCCACCACCUCUUUUCUUACUUUAACACCUUUGAUACACUUGUCCUGUCUUCAGCAGCACGAGCUGUGA